CUUAAAUGCAGACAUCAGCACUAGAACAUGUAUUUAAAGGCUUUAGCAUUGUCUAGUUAUAUUACUGGAGAUUGAAGUUAAAAUGUUUCCUACAAUGGGCAAGAUCAUAUUCUAUGAGGACCGAGACUUUCAGGGCAAGUCUUAUGAAGUUUACUCAGACUCUCGUGACCUUUCCUAUUACUUCAACCGUUGCAACUCCAUAAGGAUCUCUACAGGAAACUGGAUGUUAUAUGAAUUUCCUAACUUCCAGGGAAACCAGUAUUACCUUCGUAAUGGAGAAUAUCCUGAUUUUCAACACUGGAUGGGAUUUAAUAACUCUAUUAGAUCUUGUCAACUAAUUCCUCAGCAUCAGGGAUCAUUUAGGCUCAGCAUUUACGAGAAAGAAGAUUUCAAAGGUCAGAUGAGAGAGUUCACUGAAGACUGUCCUCAUGUAUUUAGUGACUUCAACUAUAAUGACAUAUACUCCUGCAACGUGUUUGAGGGUUACUGGAUUUUUUAUGAAGAGCCAAACUACAGAGGACGUCAGUAUUAUCUGAGACCUGGAGAGUACAGGAAGUACACUGAGUGGGGAGCUGAAAACCCUAAAAUUGGUUCCUUCAUUUGUGUUAAACCUUAUUACCAUUAAAAAGUCCAUACCUGUAUAUGAAUAACAAUAAAGAUGUUCAUUAAAGUUGAA